CAGCCAGGAAGAGGCAGGAGGGAAGAACGAGGAGGAGGAGACGAAGACAGAACGAGAAAGACACAGACUGAGACAACUUUCGACAUGAUCCGAAGCUUGAUUCUCUUCGCUCUUUGUGCCUCUGCUUCUGCUUUCACAGGCCAGCAGGCGGCAUGGUUGCCAAGGAAGGCUGGCGUUUCAAGUUCUCUCGCUCUCCUCCCCCUUGCUGGCAUCUCCAAGAAUCGUGUUCAGACCUCCAAGCUGUCUCUCUGCAUGCAGACACGCAAGGGCAGUCAGGGGACGCAGCUGCCGCCCGGCUGGCAGGAGUUCACUGAUCCUUCCUCCGGCAACCCAUACUACAUGAGUCCGGAGGGGACGACACAGUGGGAGCGUCCCAGCUCGGAUUCCUCUUCCUCCCCUGCUCCAGUGAGCUCAGAGGGCAAGAGCGCAAGGCAGCUUCAGAUGGAGCGAGUCAUGGAGAGACAGAAGAUUCAAGAUCGCGAGAAGCAAGAGAAGGGCCCACUAGCACUGGCCAGCAACAGAGUUGCCGUCAUCCUAGGGGUCAUCUUCAUCGGGGCUCCUCUUCUCAUCCUUGCCAUUGGAUACCUUGCUGGCGUCAUUCCCAACCCCUUCGACGUUUGCAUCGAGGGUGGCACCAACUGUUAAGAAUGUAGGACACCCUUAAAAGAGCUUGCGGAGGCAGAUAGGCGUGAAGUGAGAGCUUGUUUGCGCCCAUGCUCGCUAACCAGAUUUGGUGUGUGUGGAUUUAAUGAACAAGAUAACAGGGUAGG